AUGAACAACCCAAUAGCAGAGAAUGUCCUAGGCACUCUCGGCGCAGUAUGCUGGUCCAUCCAGGCAAGUCAUUUCAAUCAAACUUUUAAACCGCAGCUAACACCAUUCAAGCUUCUACCGCAAAUCAUCAUAAACUACAAAAGACACAAUACAGAAGGCUUGCAGGGCUCAAUGAUGCUACUGUGGGCAGUAGCCGGUGUCCCUCUUGGCGUCUACAAUAUCGUGGAAGAGUUCAAUGUAGCCCUCCGGGUGCAGCCGCAGAUACUUACAACGCUGAGUCUACUGACUUGGGCUCAGUGUUUGUAUUAUGGGAAGGGGUUCUCGGUCAAGAAAUGCAUUGCUGCGGUCGUCCCGCUUCUGCUUUUCCUAGGCGGCGUUGAAACAGGACUGAUCUUUGCAUUGAAGGAGGCGAAAUCCCGUGGCCUUGAAUGGCCACUCAUCUUGAUGGCUGUGCUGAGCGCAUCUUUACUCGCUGCCGGGGUCCUGCGACACUAUUGGGACAUCUAUGUUCAUCGAACUGUGCGCGGAAUCAGUUUCUUCUUCGUUGGAAUCGACGCCGCGGGUGAUUUAUUCUCUCUUGUCUCUGUUGGUGAGUUAUUCGGGAUACUAGUUCCUUCAUUGUCAGUCAGCAAAGUAGCUAAAUACGGAUGUAGUAUUUGGCCCGGCUAUAGAUGCACUUGGUAUGGUUAUUUACGGAACAGAGCUGGUCCUCUGGUUGGGGAUUUUCAUUUGCGGCGGGAUUUUCAAUUUUCUGCCUUGGCUUCGGGGGGCGCUCUACAAAGGUUGAGAUUCCGGUGGAACCAGUGGCACUGCACCCUAUGCCUUCGUCUACUUCUGUAUUUCGGACCGUAUCUGGGACUGUGGUGGAGCGGAGGGGGCGACCGCGGCCAGCUGAAGCUGAGAACUAGAGCCUGA